AUGCAAAACAGCAAUACUAUCAUUGCGCAUUUAUUAUCGCCGAUACAAGAAAAUGACGAAGAUGUUGAAGUAUCUGAAUCACACAGUCUUGUAGAAAAUACAGAUCCAAGUGCUACAACAAGCUCCGAAGUUCUAUUUCCAGAAGCAGUGAGACGACGUCGAAGCUCUGGACUAAGUGAUAUUUUUCCUAUAAAAAGAACCAGGUAUUCAGACCCGCAAGAGUAUACUGCUUCCCCUUCAGGCUUAGUGAAGCAACGAAUUAUCGGUGAAGGUUCAAUUCAAAGUACCCCUAAAGAUACUGAUUCAUCAAAAUUUAGAUCACAAGCUACUAUUAGCAAUGACGAUGAUUAUUCUAUGAGUGCGAGUGAAAAUAAUGAUGAUGAUGUUGGUGAUCAUAAUUAUAUGACAGAAAGCAUUAAUAAUGGUUGCCAUGAAGAAAUGGAAAAGAACAAAGCAGACAGGCUUGCAAAACCGAUAGUACUAUCCCCGAUACUAGCUGGAGUUUCAGCAUUUUUACCGAUAAAAAGUCCGAUUAUUUCUCAUCAUACAGUCUGCAGCUCUUUACCAGAGUUGACAAUAGUAGUAGAAAAAAAACGCUUAGACGAUGAUUUAGAAGAAUUUUAUGACUGCUUGGAAAAAACGAUGAGGAUACUCUACAAAAAGUAUAUUUUGCAAACGAACUAUGAGACGAGUUCUGUAGAUUCGGGCGUACAAAAAUAUGAGAAUGAGUAUUUUGAUGGUGAUUACCUUCGCUAUGAUGAUGAUGACAAGCGUGAUAAUGGGAAUAAAGAAUGCAGUAACGAAGAUUAUGUGGAUAGAAACAUAUCUGAGGGUAUCUCUAAAAUGACUGUAUUAUCACCGAUGCAAGAUAAUGAAAAAGAUAGAGAAGAUGUUGCAAUUCCUGUAUCAGACAGGCUUCCAGGAACUAAUAAUGAUGGCAUUAAUUAUGCUUGUGAUAUUGAUAUUGGUUUGCAUCAAGAAGUAGAAUGGGCCAAAUCAAGACAACUUACAAAAUCUUCAGAUGCACAAGAAGCUGAUAAUGAGUGUGACGGCGGUGAUUAUUAUGAAGACCUUGAUUGUGACUAUGAUACGGUUCAACAGGAUCAUGAAGAAUGCAAUAUUGAAAGUUCGCAUGAUCAAGAAGCAAAAAUUCACAGAUUAGACAGGUUUACAAAACCUAAAGGUCUAUCCACUAUUCUAGAAGUCGAAGAAAUUGAGUCUCUGCAUGAGCAACGAAGUGAAGACUCACAAGGGGGUGGAAUUUCUUUACAUUCACCAAAAGUAGAUUCAAUCGGUUCCCACAUAUCUUUGAAUUCUACUUUCGAUGCUGGAGAGGUCAAAACAGAUACUAAUAAUGGAUCAUCUGGUGAAGAAGUGGAACAAGUGUCAAACAUACUUGUAAAAAAGUAUGAUUUAUCGGGUAUGUUAGCUGCAUCACCCAAUUUUUCAGUUGACUCUCUAGUUGAAGAUGAAGAUGUAAGGGAAAAAAGUUUCGGAUCUAUUGAAGAAGAACAACCUGUAUCCAAUAGUCUUGUGGAAACUAUAGGUGGGUUUUAA